AUGAGAAUUCAAUCAUACAACUACGAUAUCAAAUACGAACCCGGUGCAACAAACUUGGCAGAUGCUUUGUCUCGUUUGUCUAUUUCAAAUGCCCAGUAUUUUGAUAAAUCAGCCGAUCGAUACAUCAAUCAACUAUUGGAGCAUGCAGUUCCAAAUGCAGUUACGCUAGUCACAGUGAUUGAAGCAACGAAGCAGGAUACAACCUUGCAGGAACUUAUGGAAGCUCUGUUGACCGGUUCUUGGACGGACGAGGCAUUGAAAGAUUUCAAACAUUUCAAGGCGGAAAUCCAUUCUGCCAAUGGUGUUCUGAUGAGAGGAGAUCGGUUGAUCAUUCCAGAAUCACUUUAUCAACGAGUACUUCAGUGUGCCCAUGAUGGACAUCCUGGCAUGAGUCUGAUGAAACGGCGUCUGCGACAGAAGGUUUGGUGGCCUAAAAUGGACGAGUUAGUUGAAAAGUUUGUGAAAAGUUGUGGCUCGUGUACGUUAGUUUCAACGGUUGGACCGCCGGAACCAAUGCUUCGAACCAAAAUGCCUGAACAACCGUGGACCGAUGUGGCCAUCGAUUUCCUGGGACCAUUGCCUUCUGGACAUUUUCUGUUAGUGCUCGUCGACUAUUUUAGCCGUUUCACUGAAGUGAUCGUAAUGAAGCAGACAACAACGGAGUUGACGGUUAAUGCUCUUUUUGAGACGUUUAGCCGCUUUGGAGUACCGGAAACAUUAAGGUCGGACAAUGGCCCGCAGUUCAUCAGUGAACAAUUCAAGAAUUUCUGUAAGGAAUAUGGGAUUGUUCAUCAAAAGACUACACCGUAUUGGCCGCAGGCCAAUGGCGAGGUAGAGCGGAUGAACAGCACCAUUUUAAAGCGAUUACGGAUCAGUCAAGAAGAAAACA